AUGUCUUUUAAACGCCCCUUCCGUAAUAACCCACUUCCUAAUCGAGAACGCGAAAAUAACGAUCCUCGAAGUUCAUCGCCCAUAGAGAAUGAGGAUUCUCCAGAUUCUGAGCAAGAAUUCAUUCAAAAAUUGGAAAUCUAUGCGGGGCAACUUAAACAAAUUGAAACUGGAACUCAUCCAGAGUUUAUUAAAUCUUCGAAGAAAUUAGAAAGCUGGUUAGAUGACCAGAAACUUCGUAGCCAAAUACUUCAUGAGCACAAAAUAGAUGAAAUUCACAGUCAAUACGAACGUGAGGUUCGCACUUGUGACCAUGAUUGUACUUUAGAGAAGAAGAAGCUUCAAGAUAAUCUUGUCAAUCUUUGCGAGGACUUAAAGCGCCACUUGGAAAAAGACAAGUCAAAUAUUGAGUUAACAGCUACAGGCGAUGUUCUUGAGAUGAAACCCACGGUUACGAGGAAAUUACGACGUCGGGUACAGGAAAUGGCUCCUAAUAUGACUGGAGUGGGAUUCAACGGUAAUUCUUCAAAGUUGAGUUACUGGGGUGAAAUAAAUCUCUACAAUACCAAUUGGAUAGUCAAGGCUAAGAAAGCAAAGAAUGAACUACCUCCUAGUCCAACAAAUCGUGAAGAAAAUGUCAUACCAACUAUGACUUCCUUUGGCAAUCUUUUCGGCAGUUUGGGUGUUGAUUUGGAUGAUGGGAAGAGCCUCUUAAAUCACUUUAGAGCUUCCCUUACGCGUAACAAUGGCCAUUCAGAUUCGGGAUCCCAUUCAAAUGGUCGACCUAGUACUCUUCUAGCUCAGUCAUUACUUGCUUCUGCCAAACCUUCACCCGUUGCUACAGCCGUUGUAUCAGGUUUAAUGGGUUCUGUAAACAUUCCACCUCCCAAAAGGAAGAAACCACAGGGCGUUCUGCCGCAAGCUCAGCUUAAUAUGCUUCUGCCGCAAAAUGACAUCUACUCUGAUCUCACGCUGAUUCAUAGAGCCUGUGGAAAACCAUCGGCAAGUUUAACUACUGGAACAUCUAGGAAGCAUGGUUGUGAAGGUUCAGCAUCGUCGGCACGAAAUGGACCUGCAAGUCCACCCCUUACACGUGGACUAGGAGGCGAAGAAGGAGAUCGUCAUGGAAGACGCGGAGGAGAUCGUCGGGGCGAUCGAUAUGGCCAUCCUCACUAUGGGCAUCAUCAUGGAGAUGAGACCAGUUCUACUACUCCACGUGUAUGGAUUGAUGAUGGAGCUCUCUUUAUUGGUCAGAACUGUUAUCGAGUUGGCUCUCAAGUGUGCUUAGAAUCGCACGGAUGUAACGGCACAGUGUCUGGAGUAGGAGUUCAAGACAUUCAAAUCAAGCGAACGUCUGACAAUGGUAUUGUACGAAUCAAUUUGCAACAACUUAGACUCGGUCGCUACGUCAUAACACCUUUGAAACCCCGGCAAUAA